AUGGCGCCGACAUCGUGUGCAAACAGAGAUGUCAACUCAGGCGUGUCUCGCAAAGCAAUUAUUUACGAAGUGCUUGCAGGAGCUAGGACAGCACAGUCCAUCGCAGACGCGGCCCUUGCGGAAACGAAACGUGUUGUGUUUCUCAGACUUGGCGGAAAAAGUACGGGCAGUCAUGGCUCGGGUGGUGGCAGUAGCGGCGGAGCUACCGAUGUCGUUGAACUUACUGACGCUAAUUUUGAAAAGCUUGUUCUCAACAGUAAGGACGUAUGGCUGGUUGAAUUCUUCGCUCCCUGGUGUGGACAUUGCAAAAAUCUUGCUCCGCAUUGGAAAGCCGCUGCCAGCGAGCUCAGAGGGAAAGUUAAGGUACUUAAUUGUCCAUACGGCACAUAGCA